UUGGAGUCCAAGCGUCCUGUAAGACACCAGAGAAGAAGAAGGGGACGCAAGCUGCGCUCACUCCGCCACCAUGAACGCGCUCCGGGCAGUUUCUGCCUCUGGUUCGAAAGAAUAAAGCCUUGUUAUUUCUACAAGAGCUGAAUCCCCUCGCCGGACCAAAGUAGAUGCGACACCGAACCAAUAUCCUGGUCCUGCAGAAUGUCCAAGAUCAGGCGGAAAGUAACAGUGGAGAAUUCAAAGACCAUAUCUGACAGCAGCAGCACCACGACCAGCAGCACCAGCAACCCCGCCGCCCCCUCCCGCCGGCCCAGCGUGUUUGAAAGACUUGGCCCCAGCACUGGGAGUAAUGCUGCUGAUAGUCACUGUAGAAAUUGGUUGAAGACUGGUAAUUGCAGUUACGGCAACACUUGUCGCUACACACAUGGAACUCAGCCACGGGGCAAGGGAUUUAGCUUUAGCCGGUCAACCGAGAGGCCCACAGGUGAUCUGCGGGAGAGGAUGAAGAAUAAAAGACAGGAUGUUGACCCAGAAAACUUGAAGCGCGACUUAGACGAGCCCACAUCCCCGACAGCAAGACAGAGAGACUCCUCCAGAGGCCGACACAGGGAGAAGGAGGACAUAAAGAUCACAAAAGAACGCACUCCAGCCAGUGAAGAAGAGCCCACAGAGUGGGAAGCCAAUCGUGAAGACUCGGAUAUCGGUGACUACGACUACGAGUUAUCCCUAGAAAUGAAGCGCCAGAAGAUUCAACGUGAGUUGAUGAAACUUGAGCAGGAGAACCUGGAAAAGAGGGAGGAGAUUGUCAUCAAGAAAGAAGAGACCCCCGCCAAAAUGAGAACCACCGCCUUGCCGAAGGCCUCCCCAGAGCAGUUGAGCUCCAAAGAUUCACCAUCACCAAGGAAGUCAGGUGGCUCCCCGAAACACAAAAGUGGAACCAAAGGCCCAGGUUCUGGGAAGAAAGAGAAGAAGGCGUCCAUAUCUUCGCCUGUUUCAGAAUCUACCAGGCCAACAAAGGGGAGCCAUAGUAAAAAGAAAGGACCCCGUACUCCGAGUCCUCCUCCACCAGUCCCUCUGGACCUCCCAGUGGUUGUGAAGAAACACAAAGGAAAGCACAAAAACAAGGAGAAAUCUGAGGAAAAGCAGAAGGAAGGGAAAGAUCGGGGACGAGAUACAGAGAAACACAAAGAGAAGAAGGACAAACGCAGAGACCGAUCAGACAGUUCCCACAAAGCCAAGCGGUCAGAAGAGCGUUCUCCCUCCAGAUGUCCUUCACCCUCAGUGAGGAAGAAAUCCACCUCUCCUAAAGCUUCAUCCCAUAAAACCCCUGUGCUGGUCUCCCCUCCUCGCAGGUCUCCCUCUCUUCCACGCCACCAGCGCACCCCUACACCUCCCCGCCACCACUCCCCUUCAUCCCACUCUGGCUCCUCGGCCCAGCGUAACUCACCGUCUCCUCGCCGGCGUCGCUCUUCCUCGCCCACCUACCACCGGAGCAGUGCUGCUGCAGGCUCCUCACCGCAGAGCUCCAGGCGCUCGAGGUCACCUCCAGCCUCCCAUGACACCUCAUCGCCCCACCGCCGCUCUGACAGAUCAAGCCCUGGCCGCCACCACUCCAGGGGCCGCGAGAGGAGUCGUGGUGACAGAGAGAGGAGUCCGCCCGCCCAGGAGCGCAGACAUGAGCACAGAGAUGACAGUCGCAGCAAGCGAGAUAAAGACAGUGUCCGUGACGACCGGGACUAUGACUCGGAACAGGUCUCAUCACGUGACGACAGGGAGACCAGGGAGGCUCGUGAGCGACGGGACACUCGCGAUCGAGGACGGGAAACUGUCAGAGACUCACGCGACCACCGAGACAGCAGGGAUGUAAAGGACUCCAGAGAGAGCAGGACAGACACCCGGUCCAGUCGAGAGUCCCUGGAGCGACGGGAUCGUGAACGAGAACGAGAGAGGGACCGGGAGAAGGACAGAGAUCGAGAAAAGGAGCGAGAGAGGGAGAGGACUGAUACUUACAGGAAAGAUGAAACCACUCAGGACGACAGGAGUUAUGGGAGAGGACAUGGACGUGAAGAUGGAGGGAGAGCUGAAGGGAGGACCGAGAACAGGACAGACAGAGCUGAAAGGAAUGGACGAGGGAGAGGGCGUACAAAUGAAACCUCUGAUAAAGCCUCAACCAGAAACUCAAGGGGUUCCCAACUGGAAAGUAGCCACGACAACUGGGAGUCCCGGAGCAGUGUGGUACGAGAGAGGAGUGUGGAGAGGAGCACAGAUCGCAGCGCCACUGAAAGAAGCUCAGAGAGGGGCUCAGACCGAGAUCGCUAUGAGGGUGACAGAAGAGAGCAGGCCCGGGACUCCUCCUAUGACAGGAGAGGAGGGCACGGAGAGCGGGAUCGCAGAGACAACCGAGAGAGAGAUCAAAGAGCAGCUUCUCCAAACAGACACCAGGGGAGAUCAGAGGAGUCUGAGAGGGAGGAUAGGAGAGACGAUCGCAGGACAGAUAGAGUGGAAGAGAGGCGGGACGACCGGACCCGUGACCGGGAGCGAGAGAGGGAGCGGGAAAGGGACAGGGAACGGGAGAGGGAGAAAGAGAAGGACAGAGAGCGAGAGAGGGAGAGGGAGAGGGAAAAGGAACGAGAGAAGGAGAGGGAGGCUGCAGAGAGGGAGCGGGCCAGGGAGAGGGAGCGCGAGCGGGAACGAGAGAGGGAGCGGGAACGGGAGCGCGAGGAGAGGGAGAGAGAGAGGGAGCGGAAGGAGCGAGAACGGGAGAGGGAAAGGGAGAGGGAGCAGCGGGAGCGAGAGAGGCAGCGGGAAUGGGAGGAGAGAGAGAGGGGGAGGGAGGAGAGGCGGGAGAGGAGAGAUGACACCAGGGAGGAGCGGCCUGUUCGAGACACCCGGGACGAUCGCAAGACAAGUCGUAAGAGACCCAGGCUGGAGAACAGCCCGAGCCCCCGUGCCUCGCCAAAGCGAACAACCAGGGACCUCAGUCCGGCAGACAGCGACGGCUACAACAGCGGAGAAGACAAAAGUGAGCGUCCGACUGGCCGAGGGCAGGCCAAGCUCCACCCACAGCCCCUCCUCCCCAGCCCAGUGUGUCCGCCUCCAUCUGACAGUGGUGACAAGCAUCGUCUGCUGAGCCAGGUGGUGCGACCCCAAGAGCCUUUGCUGCGUUCUCCACCGAGGGCGGCUCCAUCUGAUGACAAGCUCAGUCACUGGAAGGAUGAGGAGCGCAGAGGAGCAGUGGACAAACGGGAGACACGCAGUCGACAAGAAGACCCAGAGCCUCGUGGGGAGCGCAGCAGAGGAGGCGACAGGAGGGGAGAACUCCUUUCGGACAUGCCAGAAUCCCGUGGCAGAGGCAGAGACCAGCGAGAAUCCACGCCACCUCCUCCUCCUCCUCCUCCUGCAGUCGUCACCACCAGCAGCGAAAACACCCCUGGAACCCAGUCCCACGAGGAAGGCAAGAAGAAGACAAAGUCACUGAGGAAAGGGCUGAAGAAGGGUCGCAAAGAUGAAGAGAUAAACACUGGCAACAGUUUAGCUCCAGUGGUGGACCGUUUUAACAUUGAGCCCUCAACUGGUGCUUCUGCAGAUGGUCCUCCUGCCUUGCACUCUCCCAGGAAAGUUCCCAAGAAAAAGGCGCUUGAAAGAAAGAGGAAACGCUCGCGAGGAGCAGAAUCCGAUGUAUCUGAGGAGGAUACUUCAGCCCAUCAGCCACAUAAUAAGAAGAAGAGGGGUCCCCGGACCCCACCACCCUCGAUGAGGCCCGAUCACCGUGGUACUGGAGGCAACGUAGAGCCAACGCCUCUGCCAAAAAUGGACAACUUCAGUGACUGGUCAGAUGAGGAGGUCACAGCUCCCCUGGCUCCUGCUGAGCCUCUUAGGAGAAGCGGUGGUCCUCGGCUGGGCAGGGACAGGGAGAGGUGUAACCCACCACCCAUUGCCCCACUGCUCCCCCAGGAUCCGCCAAUGCUUCUUCAGACUUUGACUCCACAGCCUCUCAUGUCCCAGCCUCUGCUCCGCAAACCUCCUCCAGAGCAGACGCGUAGCAGCAGCAUGGGAAGCAACCAGAGCCGAACAUCAUCUCGACGCCUGAGAUCACCCUCUAACGAGUCUGCCCACCGCGACGACCCCCAGGGUCCACGAUCCCGCCGAGGAAGGCUGCAGGGUACCAACUCCCGCGACCGGGAGCGAGAAAGAGAGCGGGAGAGGGAAAGGGAGAGAGAGAGGCCGGUUGUUAAUGAGCCUCCUGCGGCUGAGAGGAAAUCGCGAAUUGACCAGUUGAGGAGAGGAGAGCCCAGCCGCAGCACGUCAUCAGACCGGCAGGAUUCUCACAGCCACAGUUCCAGACGCAGCUCUCCUGACUCCGAGAGACAGACCAGAUCCAGGUCCCGCGCCGGCUCCUACGACAGCAGAGAGCGAGAGAGAGACAGGGAGCCGUUCGAGCGGGAACGAGACAGAAAGGACCUCCGGCCUCAGCCGCAGCAGCCGCAGCAACAGCAGCAGCAGCAGCAGCAGCCGCCCCUGCUCCUCCAGCAGCCCCUCCAACCACAACGAGACUGGGAGCCAGAACCAAGGGACUGGCCCAGCAGGGGACGAGAGCCCCUGCUCAUGCGUCCCAGCCGCGAACCUCUCUUGAGGGAGCGUGACAUCAGGGAC